AUGGCAGCUCACAAUAUUCUUCGCUCCUCCAAGUGGGUAGACAUCCCCAGCAAUAUAUCUAUCUCCGAGUUAAUGAACGAUAAUGUUUCGAAUACCCCAGACGACAAGAUUAUCUACGAGGAUGCGCUCACUGGAAAAACUGCAACUUAUGGAGGGUUUCGGCUCCAGGUUCGGCAGUCAGCCGGCUGGUUGAGACAUGAGUUAGGCGUGAAGCCAGGCCAAACAGUUUCGAUUAUGGCUCCAAGUUGUAUAGAUUAUAUCUUGGUCGUCCACGCAGUUUGGUGGAUUGGUGGAAUUGUGAGCCCUAUCAACAACUCUUUGCACCGGAAAGAGAUAGCAUUUGCUGUGGAUUUAAUCCAGCCUGACUACCUUGUGAUCCACGAUUCUCUAUUCGAAACGCUUCCACGAGCAUUGCGAUUAUGUCAGAAUUGCCCUCCGGAGCUACAAAUCAUAGCUCUCGGAAAACCACACGAUGAAUGGAUUCAGUUUUCUUCGAGCUCAACAUCUGGAUCUCUAGAGGUGUCGCAAGCCUUCUCCUUGCAAGGACGUAACUCAGGUACAAUUCCAUGUGCAAUAUUACUUUCGAGUGGGACAACUGGAAAACCAAAAGCAGUCAUGCUAUCACAUCGCAAUCUCAUAUCCGCAAUUCAGCAGCUGAGGGCCGAUAAUCCGGACAACUGGCGAGGCAGUCAGAGGGAGAUCUUUUUCCCGCCCCUAUCACACGUAUAUGCAUUGUACGUGUGCAUGACUGGGGCAUGCUGGUUGGGUGCAUAUGUUUGCUUGAUGCCAAGAUUCGAUCUGGAGGUCUAUUGCCGCCUGCUGCAAGACCGAGAAGCAACUUUGGCAAGGCUCGUCCCGCCAAUCGCAAAGCUUUUGGCUGAGAAUCCCAUUGUGCAAAGAUACAAAUACCCUUCACUAGAAUACUUUUCGUGUUCCGCAGCUCCGUUGAACGCAGAGACAGCAGGGAAGUUGAGAGCCGUAUUUCCAGGUGUCGCCUUGUGUCAAACGUAUGGUUGCACAGAGCUGUCAGGUCCAUGUGUUCAGAGUGGCGUUCGUGAUACAAGCUUGCCACUCUCUGCAGCAGGAACAUUAAUUGCCAACACUGAGAUGCGAUUUGUAGAUCUGGAUGGAGCUGAUGUUGGGUCUCAAGGACCGGGCGAAAUUACUGUCCGGGGCCCUAAUGUAAUGAUGGGAUAUAAGGACAAUUCAGACGCCACAGCGGAGUCAAUGUUAGAUGGGAAUUGGUAUAGAACAGGAGACUUAGGUUAUAUUGACAACAAUGGAUUUCUGGUGAUUUUCGACCGCCUGAAAGACAUCAUCAAAUACAACGGGUUUCAAGUAUCGCCCACAGAGCUCGAAGAAAUAUUGGUUAAACAUGAUGUGGUAGAUGAAGCUGCAGUUUGUGGCGUGUGGAGCGAGAAAGAUUCAACUGAGCUGUCUCGCGCCUAUGUAGUUCUCAAAGGAGGAAGCGCUUCACACCCACCAGAUAUUCAAGUUGUCCACGCGCAAUCGAUAUCGAACUUCGUGUCGAGUCAGGUUUCAAGUUAUAAACAAUUGAAAGGAGGGGUCGUGUUUGUGGAUUCCCUGCCUAAGAAUCCUACCGGGAAGGUGUUGAGAAGGGUCUUACGACUUGAGCAGGAGAAGUUCGAGAAAGGGGGUUUACUAGCGAAGUUGUAA